AUGGGUCCACAAAACCGAGAGGUCGCCCGCGAGAGAGCUCGUACUGGGAGGACUAGAACUCGGGCACGACGGUCCGAGCGACCUAGACAUAACAACGACCAACAGGCCGAGUCGGAGGUCGGCGAAAGCACGGAAUCCACCGGGAACCACACGCAAAAUGACGAGGAUGUGGCUCAACUGGCUCGAGAGGUGCGAAAUCUGAAGGAGCAAAUGGAAGGAAGAACCAAAUCCCCUGGGCAGACGUUGCUCACCGCCUUUCCUUUUUCCUCCGAGAUUAUGUCUUACAAGGUACCCGGCGACUUCAAGUUCCCGGAACAGGCCACCUUCGGCGGGUCCGGUGAUCCGCGAGAGCACCUUUUGAGUUAUCAGGCUAAGAUGCAUGUCCUAGGGGUCCGAGACCCUGUCAUGUGUCGCGCUUUCCUACCGACACUAAAAGGACCGGCGCAAAGAUGGUUAGUGGCCCCGCCCCCAGGAUCGAUACGCAAUUUUGAAGAGCUGGCCGACCGCUUCAUGAGUCACUACGCGGCCAACAUCAAAUCGCAAAAAGAUCUGACUCACCUGGGGGACGUUCAUCAAGAGGAAGAUGAAUCCCUUAAAACCUACUUGGCCCGGUGGCAAAAGGAGAUCCAGUCUAUCGAGGAGGUCGAGGACCAGACUGCCCUCACCUUCUUCAUCGAAUCUUUACCGUCCGGGCAACUGUAUCGCGAUCUACGUGACAAUCGAUCGGCCACCUACGCAGAAGCCAUACAUAUGGCUAAUAAGCGAGCUAACACGAAGCAGGCUAUGAAGCACAAGCGACAGCGCGAGGUCGGAGGAUCCGCUAGCGGAAAGAGAACCCGCGCAGACACCAAGGAGAGACGCCCGGAAGCGAUCAGGCGGCCUGAAGCUAGGCGCCCCUAUGACAGGCACAUCAUCCAUCCCUACAGGCCGACUCCUCAACAUUCGGUGCACGAGGUACAAGCAGUCGCACCUCCUCCGCCUCCCCCAAUUGAGGAGCGCUCAACAAACGAAGAGCCGGGUAAGAUAUGUAAAUACUGUCGUUACCACAAAUCCUACACUCACAGCAUGGAAGAAUGCUACUACCUGAAGAAAAUCAUGGAAGGAAUCAUUCAGCAAGGAACCCUGCCCCCUAACCAGUGGCGGAGAAGGUCGGUGGCUCGGGAAAACGGCGACCCCGCGGUGGCAGCUGAAAACAGUCGCGGCAAGCAGGCUGCGACCGAGGAAGACGAGGCCCAAUGGCGACAAAAGCCGGUCAUUAACAUGAUAAUCGGCGGACCAGAAGGAGGCGACUCGGCAAACACUAGGAAAACUUGGGCCCGACAGUUGUACGUAGGGACAGUGUACGGGCGAGAAGAAGGUUCGAAGAAAAAUUGCCGAGAGCCCGUCACGUUCACUGACAAGGAUCUACCUACAGGAGAGACGCCGCAUCGCAAUGCCCUAGUCAUCACAAUGGAUGUGAAUGGGGUGGUCGUUCGACGGAUCCUGGUGGAUACCGGGAGCAGUGUCAACGUGCUAUACCUUGAAACCUUCACCAAAAUGGGACUAGGCUGA